AUGGAUCAUCUCAAACAAUAUAUCUUAAACCACCUCUGCAAAUAUGUUGACGUACAGCGCGAGGACUUGCUGUCCAUUGGCUACGACCGCGGAUUAGAGAUGAAAGAUGUGCGAUUUAACGCGAAGUCAAUUAACCAGCUACUCAAGGCUUCAAACGCGGAGGCUCGCGUGGAGUUUGGAAGAAUCGGACAGCUAAAUCUCCUCUACACCCCUCUGCCAGGCAUUGUUACUCUUCAGCUAAAAGAUGUUGACAUUCGCAUUAGACCCAAUUUUGCGGGUUUUGCAUUGAGGAAACUAACAGAGACAUUGCAGGAGUUAGGCGAUAUUGGAGCUUUAGAAGAGAGGCCCGUGGCACCUCCGCUGGUUGCUUCUUGCCGCGUGCCAAAGCCACCACCAAUUGUAAGACGGGCGGAGUAUGUGAAUCCCUCUUUUGUCCCCUCUUUCUAUCAGCAGCCUGUACAAGGAGAGUGGUCUGCUUCUGCUGCUGCUGCUGCUGCCGCCGCUGCCGCUGCUGCGAGGGAGGCAGCGGACGACUGCUGGGCCCGUCUAUGGGGAGAAGACUCUCCACUGUCUCCUUGUCUCUCCCUGCUCUCUCCGACGCGCCAAGGUAGCAAGCAAUUCUUUGGUGUAGGAGACAGAGCAGCAAGGCUCUGCAGCAGCGGGCCUCUUGCUGUUGCAGCAGAGAUGCCCCCUAGCUUCGACCAUCUCAAGAACAUUCAGCUGCCGUCUAUUACUAUCGACGCUGCUGCUGCUGCAUGCAAGUUGUUGUCUCCUCGUAAGAGAGGCCUAGCUCCAUUUGCAGCGUCUUCCCGUCCUUCCGCUGCAGCAUCGCAGCCGCUGCUGCAUGCGCAAGACAGCUUCAGAUCAACACCGCCACAGCAGCAGCAGCAGCAGCAGCAGCCCCAGCAGCAGCAGGUCCUACAGCAGCAAACGUAUCCUCUUCACUGUUACUCUCAGCCCGCAGCAGUCUCAACAAAGCCCGUUUACGGCGCAUACACCCCAAGCGCUCCUUACGCAGAUGCUCAUUUGCUGCCAGCCUACCCUUCCAUGCCAUCUUCUUCACCUUUAACCCCGCUGCAGCAACAGCAGCAACAGCAACUGCUGCUGCAGCAACAGCAGCAGCAACAGUUGCUGCUGAAGCAGCAACAAUUUGGGCCACCCAUGGGUUCUUUCGGUCCUUCGCCUAUAAGUGUCUAUACACCGCAAUACUGCGCCCCAGUGAAGGGCAAGGGCUCAUCCGACCCCAAUUAUCUCCCGUACACAGCAGCAGCAGCUCCUAUGCAAUAUACUAAGAACCCCAAAGCACAAUUUGCUGCUGCUGGCCGCAGCAACAGCGGCGGCAGCAACGCGGCAGGACAACCCUUCCUUCCUCCUUCUGCCUUUGCGUCAUCACCCUCAAAAGCUGAUGGCAUUUAUGGAGCGUCUCCACAGGAGAGGCAGCUGCAGCAGCAGCAGCAGCGGCUGAAACAAAAACUAAAGGAGGCUGCUCUUAAUAGCCCCUAA